AUGAAGACCAACCAGGCUGUCGACCAGAAGAAGAAGGAGGAGAAAAAAGAGAGGACUCAACAGAUGGCCAAUGCCGAGAAUGAGGGCAGCAAGAUUGCUGGCCCUGCUGGCAAAGUUGCCGGCUCUGCCACCGCACAGCAGCAGCACGAGAAGCCUCGUCGCAUCAUCAAGCCUCGUCCUCAGCACGCGAGCUCCCUCGAGACUGCGGACGAUGACGAGUAUGACGACUGCUGGGACCCUUACUAUGAGGACCCGCCGGCCAAGGACGACAAAGUUGUCGAGGAGGACUUUGUCCUCAUGAAGAAGCCCGGUCCACCUCGUUGA